UUUCCAAGCAAUAACAUUCUCCACUAAUACGGCAUCGUUUCAUUGCCUUGACACUGAAGCUUUCAACCCUUCCACACUAUGACACACGUUAAGCACUGGCCUUCUAUACUCAACAAUUUCAAAAACAAAUCCAAAAAAAAAGAAGAAACAAAAAAUGGGUUGUUUCCAAUCAAAAAUGGAGAAUGAAGAAGCCAUAACAAGUUGUAAAGACCGUCAUUACUUCAUGAAACAGGCGGUUGCCGCCCGUAACAACUUCGCGGCUGCGCAUUCCUCCUACGCAGCCUCACUCAAGAACACCGGCGCGGCUCUCAUAGAUUUUGCACAAGGAGAACAACAACAAAAUCUUUUAUUCUCUCCUUCUUAUGAUGUUCCUUUGCCUCCUCCUCCUCUUCCUGAUUUGCCUGCUGCUCUCCGGCGUGCUAUUACCAUGCCGGAGUUUGAAUCAGACAUGGUUGUGGAAGAGGAAGAGGAUGGUGAUGGUGAUGAAGAAGUUGUUGGAAGAGUGAAAGAGAGAGUGAAUAUGGAUAUGAUUCAAGUGUUGAGUGAAGUUGAUAAUCAUUUUAUAAUGGCUUCUGAAGCUGCUCGCGGUGUUUCUGUGAUUCUUCAGGCUACUCGUCUUCACUUUCAUUCAAAUUUUUCUGAUACUGCUAGAGGACACCUUGAUUACUCCGCAAGGGUGAUGCGAGUUGUAACAUGGGAUAGGUCCUUCCGAGAAACACCAAAUACCGACGAAGUGAAAGAUGAUUUUGAUUCGGAGGAGCGCGAAACUCUUGCUACUGUAUUAGACAAGUUGCUAGCAUGGGAAAAGAAACUUUAUAGUGAAGUUAAGGCUGCUGAGUUAACAAAAUCCGAGUACCAAAAAAAGGUUGCUACUAUCGACAAGCUAGAAAAAAGAGGUUCAAACAUUGAAACAUUGGAGAAAGAAAAAGCAGCUCUGAGUCAUUUGGAUUCAGUUUACAUUGUAGAUAUGCAAUCAUUGGACUCAACAAUUUCAGAGAUAAAUGAUUUACGUGAUCAACAAUUGUAUCCGAAACUUGUGCAGCUUGUUGAUGGGAUGGCCAAAAUGUGGAGAACCAUGCAUUCUCACCACAAGAAGCAGUUAAGUAUCAUGAAGUUAUUGAAAUCACUAGAUUCUCAGUUUCCUACGGAAACAAGCGAACACCAUCAUGAUAGAACAUAUCAGUUAUUGAAUGUUAUGCAAGAGUUGGAAUCACAGUUUGAAAAGUUGAUAAAAAAUCAAAAGGGUUUCAUCAAAGCCUUAUAUAGUUGGUUAAAAUUGAAUCUUACCCUUAUUGAGAGUGAUACAACGAAAAAGAUUUCUUCGCCACCCUUACAAAUCCUUCUUCAUGCUUGGAAUGAUCAUCUAGAGAAACUUCCUGAUGAACAUGCUAGAAUAGCCUUAUCACAUUUCGCUGCCGUGGUAGAUUCUCUUUAUCAACAUCAAGAACAAGAGUUGGUUUUAAAGAGAAAAUGCGAGGAGAUACGAAAGGAGUAUACGCGCAAAAGCAGACGAUUUGAUCAAUGGGAGUGCAAAUAUAAGAAAAAGAAAGGAUUAGAUGAAUUCGAUCAAAAUAGAGGCGAAGAUGAUAUUAAUGAUCCUCCUGAGGUUGCAAUGGAGAAGAGAGUUUUGGUUGAACUAGAGAAGAGGUUGGAUGAGGAAAAAGAUGCAUUUGAAAAACAGUGCCUACAUGUGAGGCAAAAAUCAUUAAGUUGUCUAAAAAAUAACUUGCUAGAGCUCUUAAAGGCUAUGACAGAUUUUUCAUUUGAAUGUUCUAAAAUGUACAGUGAAUUAAGGUUUGUAGCACAUAGAUUAGGAUCAGCAGAAAGCUGAUUAUGAGAAUUGGGCUGUGUAUUAAAUUUUUGGGGAGAGAGGGAAGGAAUGUUGUAAGUUAGGCAUAUAGUACAUUUCAUGUGUUAUUCAUAGAAGAUUAAAUGAUGUCUUUUUUUGGUAUGUAAA